CAUUUUGGUAGACAUUGAGAGUCCAUUAACAUCAAUAAAUACUUCAAGCAACCCUUUCAGACUUUUGAAGCCCUGCGUCUUCCAUUCAUCUGUUAGAGAGAAAGAAAUGGUUCUUCUCUCUAGAUGUGCUUCAAUAAAAGCAGUGCGUGUUGGAGUUGGUGAAUCUUCCUGCCGGCUGGAGAAGAAGAAGAUGAAUUCGUACGAUGCUGGUAAUUGUAGCUUUACAUCACUAACAGUAUGGAGGAAAUCACUCUUAUUCAGCUGUCAUGGAUUUACAGUAUUUGACUCCAAUGGAAAUCUUGUCUAUCGAGUCGAUAACUACAGGGGUGAUCGUACAGAAGAUAUAGUUCUCAUGGAUGCCCGUGGGAAACCCCUCCAUACCCUGCAUCGUAAGGGAAGAAGAUUUAUGAAAAACUGGGUAGUAUUCGAAGGAGAAGCAGAGGAGAGAAAUGGGAAACCGAAGAAGCCAAUCUACUGUGGAAGGAAGAACGUAAAUUUGCUGUUGCAGAGAAACCCAAAUGUAUUGGCUCGUGUGUGUGGAGAUUCGGAUGGUCAUCCGGAGAAGAAGGGAUAUGGAUUGGUGAUACAAGGAAGUUACGAGAGAAGAUCAUGUGAAGUGGUAGAUGAUGAAUCAGGAGAGGUAUUUGCAGAGAUUAAGAGGAAAGAUGCAAACAUUAAAGGGAUCUCUUUUGGGCUCGAUGUCUUUCAUUUGAACGUUCGAUCGGGUUUCAAUCCUGCUUUUGCAAUGUCUCUGGUUUUACUUCUCGAUCAAAUGUUCACCUGAAAUCUCCCUCUGGUUUUACUUCUCGUUCAACUGUAC